AAGGGGGUUCUUUUGGUGUAAAUCUGGACUCUAAUUCCGUAAUAUAUCACCGUACCUCGUAAAACCGACACUGAAACGUCCCGGCCUACAAAUCACCAGCCAAAUUAUGAGUUCAUUGUAUUAUGCGAAUGCUUUAUUUUCGAAAUAUACAGCUGGAACUUCUGUUUUUCCAUCGGGGGUUUUUUCGGAACCAACUUCUUGCGCCUUUGCCUCAAACUCCCAGCGGUCGGGCUAUGGCUCUGGGUCGGCUUCUUACGCAGCCACUGUGCCGGGUUUGUACAGCACAGCUAACAGCCUCCACCACCAGUCCCCCACCAUGUACACGUCUCCUUAUGGCCUCAACGCGAACUCCUUUAACAUGCACUGUUCUUCAUUCGAUCAUAACCUCUCCUCACUGAUGUGUGGCGCUGGGGACUCUUGCAAGCAGAGUUGCAGCAAGUCGGAGCAAAGAGAGGCAGACCCUCAGUCCGAGAACUUCCGGAUCUACCCUUGGAUGAAGAGCUCAGCUUCAGACAGGAAGAGGGGACGUCAGACUUACACUCGGUAUCAGACCCUGGAGCUGGAAAAAGAGUUUCACUUCAACCGCUACCUCACUAGACGGAGACGCAUCGAGAUCGCACACGCUCUCUGCCUGACUGAAAGGCAAAUCAAAAUCUGGUUUCAGAACAGGAGGAUGAAAUGGAAGAAGGAAAGUAAAGCAACCAGUCCACCUGAUGCAGGCGAAGAAAAGCAAGAAGAAUGAAAACAAAACUUCUAAAAACUCAACAAGAGGCAUAAACUUAUAAGACUUUUUUAAACAAAUGGAACGAUUUGUUCCUCAUUUCUUAACACUGAAACAGAAUACUACC